ACUCAGUCAUCACCAUCCGACUGUCGCCCAGGUCAAUUAUAGUCAAAAGUCUAAGUUCAACUAUGACGCAACUAGUUCCUAACCCUAAAUUGGACGCUUACUGGGGAGAGUAGACAGAAAAUCAAAUUGUCUCAAACUGCAGCUACAAACACCAACUCAUCAUCACCAAAGCUCCGCAGGAGGUUCUACGGCUGCUAUUCUUACAGUUACGCGGAAGGAUCUGCUGACAGUUACGCGGAAGGAUCUGCUGACAGUCUUAGAAUGACAGUGCUGUUACAGUGCCUCGUCCCUUUGGGGAGACGAUUUUUGGAGAGAAUGUUCUCCUGACCGUGCAGGGCAUCCUCACAAAAUGUCAGUCAUUUUCUACAAUUGCAAUUAUAUCAUCCAUUCAUUGUGAUUUUGACGGCAAACUUAGUGGCUCAAUUCAAGUACUGGAUGAUAAGUUUGCAUGUUUUAGAAUGAGCUAAUAUUUUUGACGAUGUUCUACAUGGUGAAAAGAUCAUCCUCGCCUAAAUUAGCUAUUGGUUCAUACAUAUUUGGGCCUCGCAGUAACUAUUUAUGGAGUGUAAGAUGGAAACAGACGAAAUUGAAGAACCUCCACGUACGAACCAUCUUCUGCAAUGGAGCCAGUGGCAACUUAUAGACUCCAUUCUUCCCACAGGGGGCUUUGCUCACUCGUUUGGUCUUGAAGCCGCUAUGCAAGCUCAGACCGUUAUGGGGCCCGAAGAUCUUAAAACGUUUGUAAUACACUUGCUGGAGAACACAGGUAGCCUUCUUCUUCCAUUUGUAUAUGAAGCAAAUAAAUCCCCCAACUUAGAUACAUGGACCAAGCUUAAUAGAACACUGGAAGCAACCCUGACAACUGAAGUUAGUAAAAAAGCGUCAGUUUCUCAAGGAUCAGCGCUAUUGAGGGUAGCUGCAUCAGUUUUCCCAGAAGUUCCAUCAUUGAAAACCAUGAGAGAUAAAUUACUAGGUUCAGGAACUGUAUCUUUUCACCAUGCACCUGUCUUUGGUCUCACAUGUGGCCUUUUAGGGUUCGAUAGUGGGACUUCUCAGAGGGCUUAUGUGUUUAUGACAAUGAGAGAUGUGUUAUCUGCGGCAACAAGGUUAAAUUUGGUUGGACCCUUGGGUGCAGCUGCAUUGCAGCAUCAGAUUGCUUAUGUUGCUGAAGAAAUUGUUAGGAAAUGGAUGGAUCGUCCUGUUGAAGAAGCAUGCCAAACAUCUCCUUUGCUUGACACAAUCCAGGGAUGUCAUGGGUAUUUGUUCUCGAGAUUGUUUUGCUCUUGAAAUUUUUUGCCCUUCAGUAUAUCAUUUUUCAUUUGGCCCACAAAUCAACCUGAUUCAUGAACAUGUAAAUAGGUUUUGUACUAUAUGUUACUGUCGGCCCUUCUUUGGCCCACAAAUCAACCUGAUUCACGGUUCAGAUGAUAUUUUACAUCAGUGUUGCAUUUUCUGAA